AUGGCGGCUCCGCGCUGGGGACACGGCCGUUCAAGGGGGUCCCGGCUGUUCUCCCCCAGACCCUCAGCUCAGGGGGUCCCGGCUGUUCUCCCCCAAUCCUCCCCUCAGUUCAAGGGGGUCCCGGCUGUUCUCCCCCAGACCCUCAGCUCAGGGGGUCCCGGCUGUUCUCCCCCAAUCCUCCCCUCAGUUCAAGGGGGUCCCGGCUGUUCUCCCCCAGACCCUCAGCUCAGGGGGUCCCGGCUGUUCUCCCCCAAUCCUCCCCUCAGUUCAAGGGGGUCCCGGCUGUUCUCCCCCAGACCCUCAGCUCAGGGGGUCCCGGCUGUUCUCCCCCAAUCCUCCCCUCAGUUCAAGGGGGUCCCGGCUGUUCUCCCCCAGACCCUCAGCUCAGGGGGUCCCGGCUGUUCUCCCCCAAUCCUCCCCUCAGUUCAAGGGGAUCCCGGCUGUUCUCCCCCAGAUCCUCAGCUCAGGGGGUCCCAGCCAUCUUCACCCCAAUAUUCCCCUCAGCCCAGGGAUCCCGGCUGUUUUCCCCAGAGCCUCCCCUCAGAGCGAUCCCGCCCAUUCCCCAUCCUCCCCCUCAGCUCAGAGAGAUCCUGGCUGUUCUCCCCCAGACCGUCAGUUCGGGGCGAUCCCGGCCAUGCUCACCCCAAUCCUCCCCUCAGCUCAAGAGGAUCCCAGCUGACCCCCACCCCAAUUCUCCCCAAGGCUCAGUCCCCAAGGCUCAGAGCGAUCCUGGCCGUGUUUUCCCCAGAGCCUCCUCCUAAACUCAGAGGGUCCCGGCCGUGUCCCCCACCCCUCUCUCACCCCAGGAGGGUCCCGGCCGUGUCUCCCACCCCUCUCUCACCCCAGGAGGGUCCCGGCCGUGUCUCCCACCCCUCUCACACCCCAGGAGGGUCCCGGCCGUGUCCCCCCAGGCCCUCCCACAGCUCGGCGCUACCUCACCCCUGCGGACCGGAAGCGGAAGUGCGGUAG